ACGCACACACGAAAAUGUUGUCUAGAAAGAAUCCCCACAAUGCUUUCUGACUCAUUUUUAUUGGCUCUCAAUAUUUUCCCUAGUGUUAUGUGUGUAUACUGUAGAUUAUCUUUGAAGUUCAGAGGUUUUCUAGGAAACAGUUUGUUCCCUUUCAUGUUCUAUCCUCUAAGGUUUCAUGGGCUUAUCUGGUCUUUUUUUUUCUUUAAGUGUUGAGUUUGCAUGACAAUAAAGAUUGAAUCUUUAGUAAUUUUGAAGGAUUUGUAAAUCUGGAUUACAAAUUGAUUCAAACACCUUUCAUUUUCUUGAAAUAUAUCCCUCCUCGGCUGACCAUUUAUCCAAGGUAUAGAACUUUAUCUUUCAUCCUUCAUAGUACUAUUUUUUUUGGGUAAUGGUGGUAUCUCGACCUGCUUGUGCGCACAUUUUGACUAUUUAAUCGGGUACCUUGUACCUCCUAAUGGAUAACUCUACCUUACCGAAACUUAGAAGAAUUUUUUGCCUUUUCCACAAUUUUCAUCCCGUUUCAUUCAAUGUUAGGCCGCACCUUGGAUGCAUUUUUGUAUAGGGAAUUAUAUGAAUUCAUUCUUGACUUUUAUCUUGUGGAAAGUGAUUUGUAUUGUUUUUGCUUGUAAAAUUGGAUCAAUAUGCAAGAGCAAAAGGGAAAAUUUGAGGAGGAGGUUAGGCAGGGAUUAAAGGCUGGGGAACUAUUAGCAGAGCUAAAGAAUUUAAAGGAAUUACAUUCUAAUACUCAAGAAGAAUUGAAGAUUAAAGAUAACAAUAUUAUGUCAUUGAAAUUUGAGCCUGAGAGAGCAAAACAGUUUCAGAUUAAGUUAACAGAGAAAGAUGAUGGUUUAAGGAAAUUGAGAGAGGAAUUGAGUAAUGCAAAAGAGAAUGAGGCUCAUGCAAUGGAUUUAUUAUCCAAUUUCAAGAAAAGGGUUCAUGAAUUAGAAGCUGAAGUAGCGAAUAGACGAUUAUCGGAGUCCAAAAUAUUUGAUUCAUUUGAACAAACUAAGAUUGAACUUGAAGAAUCCAAGGUUGAGAUAUCUUCUCUUCAUGAGGAAAUUGAAUCACUCCAGGCUUCGUUUGAGCAAAAUAGAAACGGAAAGAUUGCUUUGGAGAAGGAAUUGGGAUGCCUCAGGUUUGAACUUGGAUUGGCGAAGGCGAAUUUGGCCAAGAUUCAAGAAAGAGAGAAAUUUGCUUCAUCAACGGCCAAGGCAUUGAGUGAUGAAUUGUUCUUGCUUAGAAAUGAACUUAAAUUGGCAACCGAUGCAGAAGAAAAGAGCCAAAAGGCAUUGGAGGAUUUAGCGUUAGCGCUGAAGGAAGUUGCAACCGAAGCUUUUGAGGCCAAGGCGAAGCUUAGUGCUUCUCAAUUAGAACUAGAACAAGUAAAAGAUGAGGCAGGACAAUUGAAACAUAUGGUCAGAAACACCGAGGCUCGGCAUGAAAAGCUUUUGGAUGAGGCAAAAAAGGAAAAUGAGUCACUUUUGGCUGAAGCUGAAGAAGAAAAAGCUUGUGCUCAGCACGAGGCUGCUAGACUCACGGAGUCUCUUAAAGCAUCAAAGAAAGAAAUGUACAAAUUGAGGGGUAUUUUGAAGCAGGCUAUAAAUGAAGCGAAGGUUGCAAUAGCUGCUGCUGGCCUAGCUGGAGAUGAAAAUAUUCAACUCAAAGAUUCCUUAGCUGAAAAGGAGGAAUUGAUUCGUCUUCUUACUCGAGAGAACGAACGACUUAGGAUUAAUGAAGUUUCAGCUCAUGAAAAUGUCGAGGAAUUUAAACGGUUGUUUUCUUCAUCAUCACUCAAAACCGAGGAUAAGGAGCAAGAAGAGGAUCCCCAAGGCAAGAAAACUUCCAGCCUCAACAUUAGUGAGCUGAAUUUGCAACAAGAACAAGAAAAUGCAGACAUGAAAAUCCAAGAUCACAAUCACGAAAAGGCUGAGGCACUUACGGACUCAAUAUCUGAUACUAAUGAAUCACCAAAAUCAGAGGCAGAGCCCCAUACACCGAAACAGCCACAUACAGCAAGAUCUGCCUUCUCAGAUGAUGGAGGAACACUAAAAACAGAAUAUUUGUGCAAUUCGUCAUCACUCAAAACCGAGGAUACGGAGCAAGAAAAGGAACAUUAUGAGGAUCCUCAAGUCAAGAAAACUUCCAGCCUCAAUAUUAUUGACCUAAAUUUGCAACAAGAACAAGAAAGUUUAGACGCGAAAAUCCAAGAUAAGAAUCCUGAAAAGGCUGAGGCAAUCAAGGUAUCUCAUCAUCGGAGAGCGACCACACCUGCCUUAUCAGAUGAUGGAGGAGCACUAAAAACAGAAGACUCGGAUAGUGAUAGAAGUCCUCCUAGUAGGAAGAAGAAAAAAGCGUUGUUUCGAAGAGUUGGUGAUCUCAUAAGGAGGAAGAGUUUUCAUAAGAGGGAAUCAUCCACUUAAUGUAUAGGCCCUUGUUGUGUAUAUACAACUUGAAAUUGUACAGUUAUUUUCAGUGUUUGAAGUUUUGACACUAGUGUACAAAAUGGUUCAUUUAUCAGAACACAAGAAAUUGCAGCCUGACAUUUGUGUUUAUUUCGUUCAUUGUUCUUUUAUUCUUCAGUAUUAGCUUCAUCAGAUGU